AUGGGCUAUGCCCCUCUUCUUAAUAAAUUGCCUAUUACAACAAGCUCAAAUCAUAGUAAUUACGGCGCUUUAGGUGAUAAUGUGUGCGACGAAUAUUCGAUUUCUGAAAACACAGACAUUAAGAUUAAGACUUCUCGUUGGACAAUUUUUAAUUGGUCAAGAUUGGCUUUGGCUAUUGUACAAUUGAGUUUGUUUUUAUUUGCUGUUUAUGAAAUUAAUGUUCAUCAAUAUAAAUUUUCUCCAAACGAAGGUCACAAAUUUAAUCUAUUGUUUGCUUACAUAAUACGUAUAGGAUUUUGGACUUAUUCACUUGUUUUGUCGAUUGUCAAUAUUUAUUUAUCUGUCAGCUUCAAUGAAUUAUCUAAUAAGAUUUGCAACCAUCUUAAUUGGCUAUAUUUGAUAGACUUUUUUGUCACUCUUAUUGAUGAAAGAUCAUAUUAUCUCUUGGGUCAAAAUGCGGGUACAGGAUAUCCAUUAUCUCUCCUGACAGGUUUUAUUGAUCUUUUAUUACUCUUGAUUAUCAUUAAUGAAACUCGACUCGCUCCUUCAAAGCCAGUGGUUACUAAAGAGGGUCGUAUUAUGUCUGGUGAAAAUUGGGCUUCCCUUUAUUCAAAAUUUAUGUUUAGUUGGGUGAAUGUGAUGAUGAAGGAAGGAUAUAAUCGUACUUUGGAUGAUGCAGAUUUAAUUGAAUUACCUACUGACAAUAGAGCUAAAUAUACACUUUUGGAUUAUAAUAACAAUAAAUCUUCUUCUAAUAUAAAGGCUACACUCGUUAAGACAUUCCGUUGGCCAUUAUUCUUUCAAACUCUCUAUUGUUUAGGCUGGACUGUACUUGUCUUUGGUCCUCCUUUUUACUUGAACAAAAUUGUUAGAUAUAUUGAAAGUCCAAAGGAUGAACCUGUCACAACUGCUUUCUUGUAUGUUCUUGGUUUGUUUGUCACUAAUUCUGCUCAAUCUUUGUUACUUCAGCAAGGUCUUUAUAUCGGUCGUACUUUAGGUAUUCGUGUUCAAUCUAUUAUUAUUGGUGAAGUUUUCUCAAAAUCACUUCGUCGUCGUGAUGAUAGUGGCUCUCCUGAUGUUGCCUCUAGUCUGGAGGAAGAGACUAGAAAGGAAACGAUGGGUAAUGUGAAUAAUUUACUAUCUGUGGAUGCUCAAAAGGUAGCUGAAUGUAUUGCUUAUAUUUUUUAUAUCUAUUGCUAUCCUCUUCAAAUUAUUUUCAGUAUUUGGGGGUUAUAUAAGCUUCUUGGCAAUGCUGCAUUAUGGGGUGUUUUGGUCAUGAUAAGUUGUCAGCCUAUCACUUAUUAUAUUGGCUCUCGUUUUGAAAGGCUUCACACCUCUGUCAUGUCGGCUACUGAUAAACGUCUAAAAUUGAUGAAUGAACUUUUGUCUGCUAUUCGUAUCGUUAAAUUUUUUGCUUGGGAAAGUGAAUUCAAGAAACGUAUUAUUGAAGCUAGAGAGAAUGAAUUAAGUGCUAUUCGUUCUCGUUUAAUGACGUUUAUGUGGAUGGUGAAUGCUUGGUUUUUUAUUCCUAUCUUAAUCAUGGUGACAACCUUUUACGUUUACACUCAAGAUAACCCAUUGACUGCCUCUGUCGCUUUUACUGCUUUAGCUCUCUUUAAUACCUUCCGUGCUGCCCUUGAUGAAUUUCCUCUCUUGAUGUCCUUUUUAAUUCAAUCCAACGUUUCUAUUAAACGUGUAGAAAAGUUUUUAGCUGAAGAUGAAGUUGAGCUCCCUACACAAAGAAACGCAGAGGCCUCUCAAAGCGGCGUUGUUAUUGGCUUUAUCAACAAUGCCUCCUUUAGUUGGGAACGUCCUCGUGAUGGGGAUCAUGCUAAAGCUGCUAUUAAAAACUUAAACUUGAACUUCCCAGUAGGUAAACUUUCUAUCGUCUGUGGUCCCACUGGGUCUGGUAAAACGUCUUUAAUUGCAAGUCUGUUAGGUGAAACCUUUUGUCUUUCUGGUCAGGCUAUCUUACCACGCGUUAUCCCUAAUCAAAGGAGUCCACUCGGUGGCGCCGUCUCUGGGAUUGCCUAUGUUGCACAGACUGCAUGGUUGCAAAAUUGUAGUAUUCGAGAUAACAUCUUGUUUGGUUUACCCUUUGAUAAAGAACGGUAUGAGAAUGUGUUGUACAUGACGGCGUUAACUCGUGAUUUGGAAAUUUUGGAAUAUGGUGACGCUACUGAAGUCGGCGAAAAGGGUAUCACGCUGAGUGGUGGACAAAAGCAACGUGUAGCUAUUGCGCGUGCUGUCUAUUCUCAGGCUAGUACGGUUAUCUUGGAUGAUUGUCUUAGUGCAGUAGAUGCACAUACUGCUAAGCAUUUAUAUGAACAUUGUUUGACAGGUGAUUUAAUGAAGCAUCGUACAGUGAUCUUGGUCACUCAUCAUGUUGGACUCUGUAUCUCUGGUGCUGAUUAUGUGGUGGUCUUGAAGGAGGGUCAAGUUCUAGAUGCAGGAUCACCCAAGUCACUCUUAAAAUCAGGUGUACUUGGUGAAGAACUUUCAAAGGCAGAAGAAGCCAAGAUGGCUAUGACUGAAGAAACGGCUGUGGAGGGGCCUAUCCCGGUUGUUCCUAAAACGAUCCAUAGUACGACUGAUAUGAUAAAUGGUCAUGGCGGGAAGUUAACCCAAGAGGAGGAGCGUGCUGAAGGCGGCGUAUCUUGGUCUGUAUACAAGACCUAUAUUAAUGCCUCUGGAGGUUAUCUCUUCUGGGCGAUUGUGUUAAUUUUGUUUUGUGUUGCACAAGCUUGUGUUUUAGGUCAAGAUUAUUGGAUUAAAGUGUGGUCGGCUGCAUAUGGUCAUGAAUCUGAAGGACCAGAGAAGGAUGCCCUCCAUGACGAUCACCUUGGUCUAUUAUUAUUCUCUGCUUCAAAUACAAUGGGACAAAAUAACUUGAUGAAUGUAUAUACUACUGCACCCAUUUUCCAUACUACGAUGAAUAGGAUGAUAAAACCUGCUGAAGAUGCGAUUGAUGUCGUCUACUACUUGGGCAUCUAUUUCCUUGUGGGUGUCAUUGCGUUAUGUAUGACUUCAUUACGUACUUACAUUCUCUUUAGAGGCUCUUUAAAUGCUUCCAGUCGUAUCCAUCAUGAAUUAUUGUCUCGCAUCUUGAGAGCCAAAGUUCGUUUUUAUGAUACAACACCUUUAGGUCGCAUUGUGAAUCGAUUUUCUUCUGAUUUAGCCACUGUAGAUCAAGAGAUCGCGCCUUCUCUUUCUUUCUUGAUCUAUUCAAUUGUUGCUACGUUAUGUGUGAUCCUCUUGAUUUCAAGUGUGACACCAACUUUCCUUGUACCUGGUGUUGUGAUUGCCGCUCUGUUUGUCUCGAUUGGUAACUACUAUCUUCGUACCUCUCGCGAUCUAAAACGAUUAAAUUCUGUGAGUCGUAGUCCAAUCUAUGUUCAGUUUAAUGAAACCGUGAAUGGUGUUGCCACGAUUCGAGCCUUUGGAUCUCAAUUUAGGUUUAUAAAUGAGAAUCACAACAAAAUCGAUAGUAACAAUCGCCCCUUUUUAUGGAUGUGGGCUACGAAUCGUUGGUUGCAUUGCCGUGUUGAUGUCCUGGGAGCCUUUGUCGGUUUCUGUACUGGGUUUGUCCUCGUACUUGCUCGUGACUGGGUUGAUCCUGGGUUAGCAGGUCUUUCCUUGAGUUAUUCAUUGAUGUUUACACAUCAUGUUUUAUGGGUUGUGCGUAAUUAUGCAUUGAAUGAAAUGAACAUGAACGCUAUUGAACGUGUACAUGAAUAUCUUGAUGUUGAAGAGGAACCAGCUGCAGAGAUACCUGAAACAGAGCCUCGCUCUAGUUGGCCAGAGUACGGUUCUGUUGAAGUUCAAGAUUUGGUGAUGCAAUAUGCGCCUGAAAACCCCCCUGUACUUCGUAAUGUAUCCUUUCAAGUUCAACCUCGUGAAAAGAUUGGCAUCGUUGGACGUACUGGUUCUGGUAAGUCCACGUUAGCACUUUCUAUUUUCCGUUUUAUGGAACCCACGAGUGGGACGAUCAAGAUUGAUGGUGUAGAUAUACACAAGAUUGGCUUAAACGUACUUCGUUCUCGAUUAACCAUCAUUCCUCAAGACCCUGUUUUAUUUUCAGGAACACUUCGUAGUAACCUUGACCCUUUCCAUCAACAUGAUGAUCUCGAACUUUGGGCGGCUUUGAAACGUUCUCACUUAAUUGAUGACCAAGACACUACAACAGAGAAUGCAAUCACACUCGAUUCAGUCGUAACAGAAAAUGGAUCCAACUGGUCUCAAGGUCAAAGACAAUUAAUUGCUUUAGCUCGUGCACUGGUUAAAAAAUCGGCUUUAAUCAUUUUAGAUGAAGCGACUUCAUCCGUUGAUUUUGAUACAGAUCAUAAAAUUCAGCAAACAAUUCGAACCGAGUUUACAAACUCUGCUUUACUCUGUAUCGCUCAUCGUAUUCGUACUGUGGCUGAUUAUGAUCGUAUCUUAGUCUUGGACCAUGGAGAAGUGAAAGAGUUUGAUACACCUUAUAAUUUAAUGACUAGAGAAGGUGGUAUCUUUCAACAAAUGUGUUUGCGUUCAGGCGAAUAUAAUGAAUUAUUAGCCAUUGCAACUGCCAAGAAAGAUCAAUCUUUAUAG